AUGAACUUAAUUUUAACACUCACAUUAUUAUGUUUAAUAUAAGCCUAAUAAAUUUCACAUGGGAUGCAUUAUUUGUCUGAGAAAUUUUAUGGGAAGCUUGAUACCAAUGUCUUUUAUUAUUAUUUAGUCUAAAAUGAAAAUCCUAAUUAUUGCGUGUCAAAUCAUUAUUAGUGUGUAUUUUUGAACCAUUUAUAUUUGAAUAACUACAUCGAUCACACAUUGGAUUCUCUAAAGCCUAAAUUCAUGAAAAAGGUUUUUGAAUUCGUUGAAUUUUUGGAUACCCAUAAAAAAGCCUAUUUCAGAGAUUCUUCAAGGAGAGAACUUGAAAAAAGCUUUGAAAAACAUUAUUAAAUUUGA